AUGCAGUUACAGUCCAACGAGAACUUUACGAAUUUUUCUGCACAAUCUGCCACUCCAGUCAUCUUCGACAUCAAAGAAUGCUUCCUAUAUGAUGUGAAUUUCGCUUCGGCUGAAUACCUCUUCGUCGCCCACAUCGUAACUACGGUUGUAAACUUCGUCCUCUCUGCAUCAGCUGUUGGUGGGAAUUCCAUUGUGAUCUUCAGUGUUUGGAAAACGCCGUCCCUUCAUACGCCGUCAAACGUCUUCAUCUGCUGCCUCGCCUUCAGUGAUUUAGCAGUUGGUUUGUUAACCCAGCCAUGCUUUGUCGUUCAUAAGGUCGGUGAAAUGCUCCACUGUGUCGAAAUGUAUUGUACUUCUAGAAUGAUGCUCGAGUCACUGGGGAAUAUUACAGCAGGAGCUUCAGUGCUCACAAUUACAGGAAUAGCUGCGGAAAGAUGGCUGGCUUUGUACUUCCAUUUGCGUUACAACAAAGUAUUCACCUGUACUCGAGUCCUCUCCGCGGUGGCGUUUUUCUGGGGCGUUUUUAUCAUUCUCGCCGUCCUCCGGGUUUCUGUUUUGCGCCCAGGGGCUUACGCUGCCAUUUCAAUCACAAUAAUUGCGUUUUGUUUUCUCUUUAUUUGUCUGGCCUACAUUAAAAUCUUGCGAUGUGUUAAACGACACGAGCGUCAAAUUCAAGCUGUAGAGACGAAAGUGAAGAGAUGCGGGCAACAAAUCAAUCAAACCACAAGUCGCUUAAGAAAUAUGCUACGCUACAAGAAGUCAACCAUGGCGAUGAUUGUCGUCGUUGGUAUUUUCACGGCUUGUUUUGCACCUCUUAUGAGCGUUAUACUGGCCUACAAGGUGUUGGGAUACACCACUCCAGUGAAAACGGCCUUUAUGUACGCAUCGACGAUUGCCUUUCUGAACAGCUCGCUGAAUCCAUUGGUAUAUUGUUGGAGACUACGCUCUUUGAGAAACGCCAUUAAAACGGUUUUUGGAGAAAGAAUGUGUACAAAAGCAAUGUCAGUUAGAUAAUUAAGAACAUGAUGAGAAUACUA